UUGACUGUUACCCACGUGACUUUCAGCUAAUCCUGGAAAGCUAACAGCUAGCCGAGCUAAUCCGGCUGAUUGAGGGUGCGAAACUGUCCAGAAAUCUUUGAGUUUAGUCUUUUAGGCCGUAGCUGUGUAGCGAUAACAUGUCCGGGAGCUGUAAGACUCUGCUGGUUCUACUGCGGCGGUGUGUCGCAGUGAACAAGCUGCCUGUUACGGCAGCGAUCAAAACAAGAAGCGGCGUGCUGUCGGAGUUCAGGUGGAGCCACAUCCAGCAGCGAGCAUGGACGUCUGAUAGAACCACGGUCUGUCUGCGGACACUCAGUCAGCUUCUGCCCGUCCUGACAAGCACCCAGCACCGCUUCUGCACCAAGGCAGGGUCACCGUGCGAAGAUGAAUACCCUCCUCUGCCGGACUAUCAAGCCGAUUCACAGUCAGAAACCAAAGAGGUGUACAUCGUGCAGGUGAAGGGUCUUCCCUGGUCCUGCACAGCACAGGACCUCCUGCAGUUCUUCUCAGACUGCAGGAUCCAUGAUGGGGAGAAGGGGAUCCACCUGACGUUGGACAGGGUGGGCAGGCCAUCAGGACGCGCCUUCAUUGAGAUGGAGCACGAAGAGGAUGUCAGCAAGGCUCUGGAGAAGCACAGACAGUACCUUGGUCCACGUUAUGUUGAAGUAUAUGAAGUGACGAACUGCGACGCUGAGGUCAUCCUGAACAAAGCAGCCGCGACUGGAGCAGAGGAUGGGGUGGUGCUGCUCAGAGGGCUCCCCUUCUCCUGCACCGAGGACGACAUCGCUCACUUCUUUUCAGAUUUGAAUAUAGCUGAAAACGGGAUCACCAUCAUCACAAACUCCAGGGGAAAAAACUCCGGGGAAGCAUUUGUGCAGUUUUCCUCUCAGGAGGAAGCAGAUAAAGCUCUGCAGAAAGACAGAGAGCUCAUUGGACACAGAUAUAUCGAGGUGUUUCCCAGCAACAGGGACAACAUCCAGGCUGCCAGGAGGAGGACAAGGAUGAGUUUAAAUCCAUCCCAGUCAGCCAGCAGGAGACCAGUUCCUGACUCCCACACCAACCACAGAGGUGGUUCCUAUCAAAUCUCAGAUGCGUCAACGCAUUACAUCCAUAUGAGGGGACUUCCCUUCCAGGUUUCUGGAGAAGACAUCGUGAAGUUCUUCUCUCCUCUCGUCGUGUCGAAGAUCCUGGUUGAAUUUAGACCUGAUGGUAGGCCGAGCGGAGAGGCCGACGUCUACUUCAGCUGCCACAGGGACGCAUUGGACGCCAUGUCCAGGGACCGCAUGAACAUGGGACACAGAUACAUCGAGUUGUUCCUGAACUCUGUGCCAGACUCUGACUGACGGUGAGGAAAUCCAGACCCAUCCAGAAGCUCUAUGUCUUCAGUCUCUCUCUUUGGGAGCAGCAUGAACCAUCCAAUGUGCUCAAAAUAACUGACUGAACGUUUAUUUUUUUUUUUUUAGGCCAAUGUCGACACACAAAACUUGGAAUUGAUGAUCAGGAUCAUAUUUAUUCAUUAAACAAUAAAAUAUAAGUCAAACA